AUGUCUUCAUUCAUCAUCAAGGAUGUCAGAAUCUUCACUGGCGAGAAGGUCAUUUCAGACGGAUACAUAUACGUCAAGGAUGGUCUAAUCAAAGCCGUUGGGCCUGUUGAAGGUGUCCCACAAGCCUCCGUUAAGACGUACUCAAAGCCAGGACAUACACUCCUCCCGGGAUUUAUUGACUGCCACAUUCACGCAGAUAAGGCAAACCCUAUUGCUUUGCCCCAAGCCCUACGCUUCGGAGUCACUACUGUUUGCGACAUGCACAAUGAGCUGGGAAAUGUCCCAAAACUACAUGAGCAAGCGCUGAAGCCAGAUACCGCCUCUUACAAAACGGCGGGUGCAUCAGCAACAGUUGAAAACGGCUGGCCUGCUGCAGUUAUAACAGCAUUGGACAAAAGCGAAGAGACGGCGGCGGAAAUAGCGGCCUGGCCCAGAUUGACAGACCGUCAGAGUGUCAUUGACUACCUGGAGUGGAACAAGAAGGAAAUGCGACCUGAUUACAUCAAACUCAUGAAUGAAUCAGGAACCUGCAUGGGUAUGAAAUUGAAUAAACCUUCUUUUGAGCUCCAGAAGAUCAUCGUAGAAGAGGCGAACAAGCGAGGAUAUCUGACGGUCGCUCAUGCUCUGUCGCUCGACGAUGCCAUCGAAAUUCUUAAUGCUGGAGUCAACGGCCUGACUCAUACCAUUUGCGAUCAACCGCCGAAUGAAGAGCUCAUCAAAGCGUACAAAAGAAACAAUGCGUGGCUGAACCCGACACUGUCUGCUAUAGGAAGCUUGACAACCGAAGGGAAGGAGAUCCAGGAGCGCUUCGCUCAUGACAAAAGAGUAGAGGGCUUGCUUGAGGCAAAGGGCAUCGCAGCUCUUUGUAGUUGCAUGGCAUUCGCUGUAGAACACGGGAAAGUAGAGAAUGCAUAUGAGAGUGUAAGACAGCUGAGAGCAGCCGGGAUUGAUAUCGUCUGUGGAAGUGACUCCGCUGGUCCGGCGCUGGGAACUGCGUUUGGACUUUCGCUUCACCAGGAGCUGUAUCUCUUUGUGCACAAAGUAGGAAUGACACCUGAAGAGGCUAUCCGAUCUGCCACAAGUCUCACGGCACGACGCUUCAAUUUCGCAGAUCGCGGUAGGCUGGAAGAGGGUUUCAACGCGGACUUGCUGUUAGUUGAGGGGAAUCCUUUAGAGGAUAUCGAUGCGACACUUAACAUUCGAGGUGUGUGGCGCGAAGGGCACGCCUGCAGUGCGCAUGUAGGGAAAAUUUAA